AAACUUCAAGAGCAAUAUACGCUUGUAGAUUUGUUUUUAUUUGGUACUUUGGUCUAUAAUUAAAUAGGAGAGAUUAGUGGUGAUUAUCAUGGUCAUAGUUUCUUUAUGCGAGAAACAAGGGUUUAGGCUUUGUGACUAUUUCGUAUAUUUAAAACACCCUCAUUGUUUUAUCCAACAGACAACAACAACAACAUAGCCAGAUAUAAUGCGGUAUUCACCAGCUUUUGCUGCAGCACGUUCUACUCUCGUUCGUCGUCUUCCUGCGAAGAGACUAGCUUCUUCUGGGCGAACCGCUGAUCCAGAGAUUCAUGCUCGUAACGAUGGAGACGAGCCUGGUCUUUUUCCAUCAGACCCCGAAGGUUUGGAUGAUGUAGCGAAUCCGAAGACUCCAGCCGAUGAGGAUGUACCGGAUAUUCGACCACCCGGUUUUGUAAAGGAACCGCUUUCGCCGCCAAAAAAUCCACGAGAUACUUCACACAAGCUUGAAUCUACUCCUGUUGGUCUACCUGCAGAUCUCAAUUUCCAACAGAAACGAAAUUAAUUGCAGCAAACGCCUUAGCCGCUAUGGCCUCCUAGAUAAUUCAUAGUAAACUGUACGCAGAAAUGCUUACUUUUGAUUAGCUUUAAUUUGAGAAUAAAAUUUUUAAAAACUCUUUCUGCUUUAAUUUCUUGGGAUUAAAGAAACUACUUUACUCUAUAUUUGAAAUGUGUUGUGUCUUCGUACUUUUGAGUUUAUGUGAUCUAUGAGAUUAUGCACAAAAGAUUUGAUUCGAGCAUAUAUAAAUGACGAAUUGACGACAA